GGCGAUAAAUGGCUUAUGAGGGGGUCUUCCGAACGCGCUGAGUGUAAUGUGGGUAGCCCAGAAGACCCCGCCCACCGAGUGACAUCAAAACACGGCUGGCAGAGACUGCGAGCCGUCUUCUUGCUUCCACCAGCCUCCGUUCACUUCAGCAUCUUUGUGGAGGAUUUUCCUUGCUCAGAUCCAGAUAUUGUACCUCAGACUGUGCAGACAGACACCGAGAUGGAUGAGCUACAAGACGUUCAGCUGACUGAGAUCAAGCCUCUGCUGACCUACAAGAACUCUCAAAACUUCCAAGACUUUGACUGUCAGGAGCAUGACAUUGAGACGCCCCACGGUGUGCUCCAUGUGACUAUGAGAGGAACCCCUAAGGGCAACCGUCCUGUCAUUCUGACCUACCAUGACAUCGGCCUCAACCACAAGUCCUGCUUCAACACGCUGUUUAACUUUGAGGACAUGAUGGAGAUCACUCAGCACUUUGCCGUUGUGCACGUGGACGCCCCUGGCCAGCAGGAGGGAGCACCUCCCUUUCCCACAGGGUACCAAUACCCCACCAUGGAUGAGCUGGCAGAGAUGUUACCCUCAGUCCUGACUCAGCUGAAGGUGAACAGCGUGAUUGGCAUUGGUGUGGGAGCAGGAGCGUACAUCUUAACCUGCUUUGCUCUGAAUCAGCCGUCCCUGGUGGAGGGGCUGGUUUUGAUCAAUGUGGACCCCUGCGCUGAGGGCUGGAUAGACUGGGCUGCUUCUAAGCUCACUGGGUGGACUAGCAAUCUCGUGGACAUUGUGAUGGCUCAUCACUUCAGCACUGAGGAGUUGACUGACAACCAAGAACUGAUUCAGACGUACCGCCUGCACAUUGCCCAGGACAUCAACCAGGACAACCUGGCCCUCUUCUGUGGCUCAUACAAUGCGCGUCAAGACCUUGGAAUCGAGAGGCCAGUUGUCGGUCUCAAUGAGAAUACAGUGAAGACACUUACAUGCCCUUCUCUGCUGGUGGUUGGAGACACGUCCCCUGCUGUGGAGGCUGUGGUUGAAUGCAACUCUAGGUUAAAUCCAACAAAGACCACUUUGCUGAAGAUGGCUGACUGUGGCGGUCUGCCUCAGGUUGUUCAGCCUGGAAAGCUGGCGGAAGCCUUCAAAUACUUUGUACAGGGAAUGGGAUACAUUCCUCAUGUUUUGCUCAGCCAUCUGGGCAUUGAAUCAGUACCAGCGGCUGGCAUGACCCGUCUGUCUCGAUCCCGAUCCUCCUCGUCCAGCAUCACUUCCACGGAUGGCUCACGUAACCGCAACAUGAACAGCCCUCUGGACGGCCCCAACUCUGGAGUCCUGGACAACCAGGGCAGGCCACAAACUAUGGAGGUCUCCUGCUAAAGCCCGGGGCCCAGAAGCUGCAGUCUGCUGUCCUUUCACCCAUAACCUCCUGUUAUUUGUGUUCUAGAUUCCCAUGUUUCUAAACCCUUUAAUAGUGAGGCAGGGGAGGCUUGAAUUAAAUGUAUGAAAUACUGAUGGUAUGCAUAUUAAAUAUUUACAUGUUAAUAUACGCAAGUCAUAAAAGCAGAUAAAAUGAAAUACUAAUAUAUAUUUACACAUGAAGGGUCUUCCACCAGGCUUUCAUUUUAAUAUUAAUUUUUUAUUUGUUAGCAUUACAUUCCAACUCAUUUUUUAUUGUUAGAGUGAAAAGUUUCCCUUUUUUUAAACCACUCUCACUUAAAAAACACACGCAUUAAAAUGUUAGUUUUUGUUUGAUGGUGUGACCUGUGACCUUUCCUGUACUCUUUUCUUGCUACACUGUGUGAUAUUGUUUAAUUUGUCAUCCCAUUAAAACUCCCCUUCACAUCAUAAAAAUAUAAAAACACACACUUUUUGUUGUAUUUAUAUUAAGAACUAUUAUAGGUUAUACUAAAAGCCGUCAGCUAUUACUUUGUGUGACUCAUCAGACAAAAGAAGUGGAAUACCAUUAUUCAUUUUAAUUGAUUUUUUUAUUUUUAUUUUUAUAGUUAAAUUAGGACAACACUCUUUUAAAUAUCCAAAGCCAACAUAGCAAGGACUUAGUAUGACAUAAAAUCAUGUUUUUCUUUUGUGCUUUUACUCCCUAACCAUUUUUUAACAUUAUUAUUGUUAAUCCAAACAUAAAUUGAUGUACACAUAGAAUGACAGCUUUCAUAGACAUGAAUAUGAGUAUGAAAUAAUGUCUGACUAAGUCACUGUCCACUGAAUGUCAAUUACUAAAUAAAGUUAGAUCAUGGAAAAUAAAAA